CUUCUUCUUCUUCUCUUUUCCUAGUGAAAUGGUGCCUCGUCUCUUCCCAAUUUUGGUUUUGCGACCGAGUUUCUUUCUAGUUUGCUCUGCUUUCUCCCCGGUGCAUGGCUGCGCGCGAUGCGAUCCAUGAACAAAGCUUUGGAUGAAUUACUCCUAGAUCGUAGUGUUUCAUGCGUACAAAAGCUUCGUUUUCUGUAGGAUAGUGUGUCAGAACCACAUGAUCGGGAGGGAAGAUAGCAUAAAUCCAGCGUUCAUGUCAGUCGGUGCACUGCUCAGUACUCAACGCAAUGCCGCGUCCGUCCCACGUAGGAGAAAGGGGAUUGCUUCGCUCUGACAUGGCUGGCCCGGCCGGGCUGUUCUCUGAAUCUUGUGGCGUAAGGCAGUGCCACCGACCUACAAUGGCGCCGACUUAACACUAGUUGGUUGGCGAUCCAACUGGUGGUUACUGUAAUUAACAAAGCCUCCUUGCCGCGAACGGAACAUAGCAUGGCAAGAGAUCUCUGAACUCUCUUCUCUUUUGGCAUUUCCGUCGACAUCCCAGUAGUGCCCGGUGUUUUAUUAAUUAACCAAAGGAAAUUCCAAAAUAACACGACGAAACCGCCAUUGCUCCCGUGAAAUCCUGUCCGGUUCAGUGCAUGAGUAGUGCGAGUGUGCGCUGUCCGGGUCCCUUUCAUCCGUGGUGUCAAAAGCCCCAAACCGACGUAGUACUAUUUUUUUCCCCUUAAAAUCUCCGAUCGGAUCUUACCUCUGCCUUGCCGGCGAAGAAACGCGGGGCACUAUAUUUAUCCGGCGCCCAUACCCUUUCACACGGCAGGGCACCAACCCGUCGCGCUCUUGUGCUUCUCUCUUGUCUCGGCCGGGGAGAAGAUCGUUUCUUGCAUUAGGCUGGAACUGACUGAAUUGGAUUUUGAUACUAGUUGGAUUUUACAGUACGUGGUCGAGUAAUUGGAAUCAGGAAUUUGGGAUUUCGAUCUGGCCUCUUUAAUUUGGGAAGAUUUGCACUGCAAUUGACCUCUGAUUCAACUCUCCAGUCUCCACCAAGAUCACUCUUUUUUUGCGGGUGCCUAAUUGAUCGGCCAGCGCCAUGAGGAAGAAUGCGUCGUUUGUCCUGUUGAUUUUGGCCUGCUUGUGGCUGUGCCCUCUGCGGGGCAGCGGGCUCUCGUGGAACAUUUUCUCGUCUUCGUCGUCCUCGGCGGCCGGUAACAGGGCCCCGAUGAUGGAGCUCGACGGCGCGGUGGCCGACUUCUCCAUGGACGUCACCAACAACCCGCGAGGGGUGAAGCUGCUGGAGAACGCGCGGAACAAGCUCGCGGGGCCCAAGAACUGCUGGCAGGACGCGUACCGGAACCUCUUCUCCAGCUGCGGCGAGAUCAUGGCCGACAAGGAGCGGCAGGCCCGCCUGGCGUGGCACCUCAGCAGCUGCUACCAGGAGGACUCGGGCCGGCCGGCCUUCCCGUCCUGCGCCGGCGGCUCCAGGAUGGUGCACUGCCGCAAGAAGCUGGGCGACUCGGAGAGCAAAGUGUUCCUCGAGUUCUUCCUGGAGACCAACACGCUGUGCCACCAGCUGCAGGCGGAGGCCUUCAAGCACAGCACGGAGCGGCUGGUGAACGACCUGACGCGGUCGUCCAAGUCGGCGGAGGAGAAGCUGGAGGUGAUCGAGGCGCGGUCGGAGGAGAUCAUCAAGGAGUCCGGGAAGGUGCGGGACGCGCUGUCGUCCAUCGAGGCGCAGGCGGACCGCCUCGCGGAGACGUCCAAGGGCGUCGGCGCGCAGAUCGACGACGUGCUGGCGCACUCCAGGACCAUCUCCGAUCAGUCCAAGGAGAUCGCCGCCUCCCAGGCGGAGCUCAAGGAAGGGCAGGCCGAGAUGAGGAAGAAGAUCGAGGCCGGCAUGGAGCGCAUCCAGGAGUCGUACGAUAAGCUGGGGGACGGGAUGGGGAAGCUCACGGAGGAGGCCGUGGGCAUUCAGAAGGAGAUUGCAACUGUCGGUGACCUGAUGUCUUCAAAGAUGCUGGUUCUGCAGGGCACCGCGGAUGAGAUUGGGAGCGUGGCGGGCAAAUCGCUGGAGAAUCAGAUGCAGCUCUUGGAUGGGCAGAACAAGGCCAUGGAUGGAUUGACUAGCCUCCACACCUUUCAGUCACAGGCUCUCGAGGAAAGCAGGGAAACUUUGAAGAGAUUUGCACUGUUUGGGCAGCGUCAGCAGGAAGAGUUGCUGUCCAAGCAGGAGCAGAUCCGGCAGGCUCAUGAUCAUCUCAUUCUGAAUUCACACUCCAUACUGGCAGCUCAGGAAGAGUUCAGAGCGAAGCAAGCCAACAUCUUCGCGGCGCUGGACAAGCUCUACAUUCUCCACAACGCCAUUUUGGCUGAGUCUCGCUUCAUCAAGGCCUUCUUCUUCUACUGCUGCAUCGUCUUCCUCAUCUACAUGCUCACCAGCGCCAAGCAGACGUUCAGCAUCAGAGGCCAACUCUACUUCGGUUUGUGCAUCACGCUCCUGCUAGAGAUGGGUCUGAUCAAGUUCGCAGCCGGCAACUUCGACAACCAGUUUUGGGUCAUGUCCAAGGUGUUCUUGGUCAGAUUGUUGUUCCUGGCUGCCGCCACUAUUCAGAUAUUGCAUUCCAUAUUCACGUUCAGGGACUACGAAGUUCUGAACCACCGGCUGCUCCAGACGCUGGUGGAGAAGGUCCGGACACUGGAGGAGAACGCAGGCGACAGGAUGCUCUCCUACGGCUCGGAGAGCGACGAGAGCCUGAGGAAUUACUCGUGGGUCUUCGACGAGCUGACGGAUGAGGCGGACAGCACAGCCGACCCUAACUACGCCUUGCCGGCGCAAACUCGCCGGAGGUACAAUGCCCUGCCGGAAGAGGUCGCCGAGAACUCCAUCACCACGUCGGGUAGCCGGAGGUACAACCUGCGGCGGCGGAGCAAGCAGUGAUGGAGAUGAGAGUUUUUGCUCCUCGUGGAAAUGCGGGGUUUCAUUGUGAUUUUAUCUACGAAGAGGGUUUGCGGCAGUUCUUAGCUUGGGUGUGUCAUCCUAGUAGUACGUCGUUUGUAUUUGGCCCGUAUGAGUUUGGUUUUUGCCAGAAAUGAUAGGAUAUGUAUAAGGAUGUUUUUUUUUGUGAGGAUAUGUAUAAGGAUGUUGACGAUAUGUUUAUAGCAAAUUUAACUUAGUUGUAAUGAAAA